GAGUAAACAGCACCACAACCAAACAACCGAGACAAGUAAAAAAGUUUGACAAUCCGGCUGCCAUCUGUCAUGAUGCCGCCAAUCAACCCACCGUUGCCAAGCUCAUUGUGAAAUUCAGGGAAAUUUGUUGCCCUCGUUUGGCAAGUGAUGUGAGAGAGUCUGACAUAAGGCUGUCAAAUCUGAUGCUUGGCAAGAAAUCUCAUAAUAUUUGAGAAUUCGAUUACCCAUAGUUCGAUUCUAAUCCGGUUUUUCAAAUUAUCAAUGCUUGUUUUGAGGAAAUCAUUAACGAUUUUUGAUUGCAAUAUGCAAAUAAAAAGGUAAUUAUUCAUCCCACCCGCAAUGUGUAAGUACUGGAACAUCUUUAGAAUACCAGAAUACAGACAAACCCAUCUCAACAAUUCAAAUUUUUGCGGGAAAGUUGCCUGGAGCUCCAGCCUUUGGAAAACAAAUGAAACAGUUGUUUUGUUUUGUGGUGCUUCAGGUCCAGGCGCCUUUGAUAUUGUGAACAAUAGUUGUGACAAUUGGUGAACUGUGAACUUCUAACAACUCAGAAGUGGUCUUUUCCCGAUUUUCGCUGUUUCUUCUGUAAUAAAAUGGUGCGAACGGGUGGUGGAAUAAGAAUUAGUGGCGGAAAAUCAACAAAAAAAAGUGGUGGAAGCACAGCAUCGUCUGGUAGUAGUAGUGGGUCUAACAGAUCUGGUUCUCAAGCUUCAGGUAGUCGACUUCCACCAAUACCGCAUGUCGAUGUGCCAACAUGGCAGAAACCAAUCACAAAUUUUUUCAAUUCUGGUGCAGCAAAACCUCAGGAGAAACAUUCAGAUGUCGAGAAAAACAAGAAAGAUACUGUGAGCAGCAAGACCCAAAAAACAUUUGAUGAUCAACAAGCACAGAGUAGUAACAGUUCUAGCAGUAGAUCUGUGAUCGACAAUAAGUUGGUCAAGAAAGAUGGAGAAGACUUCAGUUCUGAUGAAGAUAAAUCUCAUACUAAAGUGCCCAGUGACCUGAAAGAUAUUCUUCAGGAAUCUUCUGCAACUGCAUCUGCUGAAGAAGAGAAUUGUGAUCAAGAUAGGGUAUCAAUUAAUGAGAAAGGCGCGGAACAGGUCAAUUCUCAUGGAGAGAAUAGAGACACUGAAACUACUUCUGAGGAAUCAGUUCCUCAACCAGUUAUAAAUGAUGCAGAUUCUUUAGAUAAACAGAAUAAGGUGUUAGAAGAUGUUACUGACAAAAGUACUUCAAACACUGAUGCUUCAAAUGACAAAGAGGACAGUUGCGAUAAAAAUGAGUCUAUGCCUGAGCCAGAUGAGAAAUGUAAUUCCGAUGAAAUGUCAGAGAAUGUUUUGGUAGACGUUUCUAGUAAAAAUAACAAAACCACGGAAUUGUCUGUCAAAGACAGUAGUAAUAAUAGGAGGAGGCCCACUAAUCCAGUUGAGAAAAAUGUUUCUAAGGAAAUCACUAUUAAAAAAAAGGUCCAUCAAAAGGAGGCUGUAUCUGUAGAUGGUGAAAAACGCCAUGCAGAUGAAAUAAAUUGUGAACCAGCUGUAAAGAAAAUGAAAAAAUAAAUCCACAUACAAAAUUUCCAAACAUUUAUACAGUAUUUUGUUCCAAAAAAUAGAUUUAAUUGUUGUUGAUUUACAUAAUGUUUACGUAAUGUUGAUUUUUUAUUAUUGAAUGUAAACGUUAUUUCAUACCAAAUAAUCUCAUGUCGCAGAAUAAAUGUUGACUCCCAUUUGGAAUGAUGCUUUAUGAUCUAUUUAAUAUUCCGAGUAGUAUAGGAGACAGUGAUGUAUCAGCAUCCGCAUGAACCACAGUAUGAUUUAGGCACUACACCACCGCUAUCCUCCGCUCCCCCCUCCUUUGCAGUUCAGGUAAUACAAGCGAAAAAACAGACAAGCAACUGCUCUGGAGCAGCAUAGACAACUUGUAUUUUAUGGAUUACAUGGCUUUCCAGUUGAUAUAAGUGUGCCCUUGACUGACAUUUUCUCAGAGAGGCCUUGGUCUUCGCAGGUACGUCUGUCAAGUUAAUUUGACCAGCCUACAUUUUUCAGUCUGGAUAAUCCUGACUGCUCUUCGGGGUAUUUUAAAAAUAAAUUUGCGAAGUUAAUUCCACCAGACUAUAUUUGUUAUUCCAUCUAACGACCUCGCAACGACUCCCAUUUAGAGAACGUGUCAAAUAGUCUUGAGAAGGUACUUCCUUUCACCCACCUGAUGACCUCGACUAAUAACUCCGAGGUGUUUGCAAAGUAUACUCACGAAGCUAAUUCCAUCAGACUAUAUUUGUUCCUCCGGACAGCAUCGACUACUCCCGUUCAAGUUAUUUGCCAAAUAAACUCGAGAAGUUGUAUUUUAUUUUUAUUUAUUAUUCAUCAUCAUUCCCAUUCGAAGCGUUUGCCUAAUAUUCACUGUACUAUUCCUGUUCGGGCUGUUUUCCGAAUAAACCUGCGAAAGCAACUUUAUACCAUUAUUUAACUCACCGGGUGAUCUCGAUUGUCCAAAGUGUUUGCCAAGUAAACUUCACCUGAUUUUUUUAAUUCGCCUUGACGAUCUGGAUUACUCGUUCGAAGUUUUUGUUAAAUAAACUUCCGAAGUUAAUUUCACCAGACUAUUGCCUUUGAUUAACUUGACGACCAGUGGCGUAGUUUGCUCCUGAGGAGCUCUCCUAUAUUGAGUAAUAUGAGUGAAUAGUUGCGUAUCAAGUAUUGAUUUUAAGAAUUAACGCCCCAAGGUGAGCAAAUAACGAAUAUACGAUUUUCUGGCCCAAUCCUUCACGCCCGCGCAUAAGGGUUUGUGAUCGCAAUAAUUUUUGAACUUCAGAUACAGUUUUUUUUUCGUUUUGUAAUGUUUGCAACACGUAAUUCCAUAUCACUUAUUUCCUCCGCUUUGUCUGUCGAACUGUAUGUGUGCUGGCGUAAUCUGCAACAAUUUUAUGUAGUUUGCGGAGUAGGAUGCUGUCAGCUUCGUUAUAGCUAAUUCUACUUCAGUUUCGAAAUUCGUUCACAUGGCUGUGCUAUUGUAAGGAAAUCAUUCACAAAGUAUGUGCAUUAGUGUUUCAGAAGUCACCAACCACAGACAAUCUACUUUUUACUAACUGGUUAACUAGUAGAGCCUUGUAUUUGCUUUGAGCCUGUUCUAUAAAGGGUAACUGAGGAGUAAAUGAUAAACACUAUAUAGGUACAUAUGCUUUUAUUUUCCCAUCUUUUGGACCCUAUAUAUUUUAUAGCUAAGUACGUUG